CAGGCUGAGCUUCCGUGUUUGCACACCCACAAAAAAAAAACAGGACACUAGUGGCCGGCAGACGAAUGUUUACCGAGCAGACAUAGAGUGGUGGUGAGGAAAGUGACAGUUACACUGGAGGCUUGGUGUAUGGUGAAACACAGGUGAUUUCAGCUUCCACGGUUGCAUUUUACAGCGGAAUGUUCACUCGAAGGGGGCAUGGAGACGUCAAGAAAUCUACACAGAAAGUUCUGGACCCAAAGAAGGAUGUACUGACACGGCUCAAACACCUCCGGUCACUGUUAGAUAUCAUUGACAAGAGUGAACUGAAGGCGUUCUUUGAAAGCAACUGUUCUCAGAUUUAUUUCAUCUUCUAUGAAAACUUCAUUACACUGGAAAGCAACUUAAAACAAAAAGGGAACAAAUCUCAAAGGGAGGAGCUGGACUCUAUCCUCUUUAUUUUUGAAAAAAUUCUCCAACACCUGCCUGAGAAAAUCUACAACCGAUGGCAGUUUCACAGUAUAGGUUCUAUUCUGAAAAAGCUUCUACACACUGGAAAUUCAUUCAAGAUCCGCUGUGAGGGGAUCCGUCUCUUCCUGCUGUGGCUGCAGGCACUAAGGGACAACUGUGCUGAGGAGCAGUUCCUUAUCUUUGCCUGUCUGGUGCCAGGAUUCCCUGCUGUGCCCUCCUCCAGAGGGCCCUGCACCCUGGACACCAUCAUUUACAACCCCUUCUCCAACCCACCAGAUGCCAAGGUGGUGCCUGAGGAGAUUACCCCCCUGCUUCCGGCUGUGGUAGGAGAAAAGGUUGCAGAUGACCCGACCUGUUACAUCCUCGAAACCCUGCUCAAGUACAUGGUCAUCCAGGCAUCCAGCUUAGAAUGGAGGAACAAAGAAAACCAGGACACAGGCUUCAGGUUUCUCUUCAGCCUGUUCAAGAAGUACUAUCUUCCACAUCUAUUCCCUUCCUUCACCAAGCUUACCAAUCUCUACAAGCCUUUAUUAGACCUCCCCCACCACAGACCAAAACCCUUGUAUGUUCCAGUGACGCGGAACAAUGAGAGCACCUUCUGCACCAGGGACCAGUACCUGGCACCCCGUGUGGCCUUCAUCACCUGGCUGGUCACCUUCUUCCUGGAGAAGAAGUAUGUCAGCAGUGCUGCUGUGGCGCAGAGCGCAAAGAACGGCACUGAGGUCCUCCCCAAACUUAUCCAGACUGUCACUGCGGGCAGUAGCAGCCAGGAGAAGGAUAAGACAUCAGAUGGGGAUAUGAACGGGCCAGCGGGGGAGCCUGAGAAGAGCCACUCCAACAGCAGCACGCUGUCAGAUCGACGGCACAGCGAUUCCAGUUUGUGUAGCAUUGAGGAGGAGCACCGCUAUGUUUAUGAUAUGGUGCAUGCCAUCCUGCUGUCCACCAGAGACAAUGUGAAUUUUGUCAACGAGGUCUUCCACCAGGCCUUCCUGCUGCCGUCUUGCGAGGCAUCAGCAACCAGGAAGGUCAUCAAAGUGUACAGGAAGUGGAUCCUGCAGGACAAUCCUGGCUUCAUGACAGAGCCCGAGACAACUACCCAGGAAGAUGAGGUGGAUGACCGCUCUGAACAGAUACUCAGCACAGAGACCGACAGCAUGCACGUACAGGCGGUCGAGAGUCACGGCCACAGACGGUCGUCCAGCUGGGGGAGGACUUACUCGUUUAGCAGCGCCAUCAAUCGGGGGUUUCUCGCAGAGGGGCAGAACAGGGACAUCAAGGCUGGUAUCCAGCCCACACUACAGGUGUUCCUGACCAACUCAUCCAAUGUUUUCCUGCUGGAGCCAUGCCAGGAUGUAGCUAAACUCCUGGAAAACCAGGUUGAGGUGUGCAAAGGUGUUCUCAGCAUCUACCGGCACAUGAUCAUGGAGCACACAAUGAAUACACAGACAUGGGAGCAGAUGCUGCAGGUACUGCUGAGGAUCACAGAGGCAGUGAUGAAGAGGCCACUGGAAAACCAAAGAAAAGACAACUUUGCUGAAAGCUUAGCAUCAAUACUUUUUAGGACCAUCAUUGUGGCGUGGGUGCGAGCCAACCUGUGCGUAUUUAUCUCCCGGGAGCUAUGGGACGAGCUGCUGGCAGUGCUGUCCUCUCUUACCUGCUGGGAGGAGCUGGUGACAGAGUGGGCCAGCAUCAUGGACUCGCUGACGGCUGUGCUGGCACGCUCGGUUUAUGGCCUGGACAUGGCCAACCUGCCUCUGGACAAACUCAGCGAACAGAAGGAGAAAAAGCAGAGAGGACGUGGUGUGAUCCAGGACUCCCAGAAAGCGGCGGCAGUGGCGCGAUCCUUCUCACUGAGUUGGAGGAACCAAGGGGAGCAGGGCGGGCCAGGAGUUCAGGAGCCCAUGAGGAUUCGCUCCGCCACUACUUCAGGAGCUCCUGGUGUAGAGACAGCCCGUAACAAUGUCCGACAGAAGGCCUCUGCUAAGCGAAGCCAGUCCAUCAGCAACUGUGUUCAUCUAUACGAGGCUUUGCCCGCUGCUAAAAGCGUUCCUAUGCUGCUCCACACUGUGAGCUCUUUCUUGCCUGGUAUCUCUUCUGGUAACUCUGCUUGCUCUCACAGACUCUCAGAUGUGGAGGAGUGUCAGCUGUCAGAAUGUGGGGGAGAGGAGGAGCUGGGAGGCGGGGAUAGCCCUCUGCCACGUAGCAGCAGCACCUCUGACAUCACCCAACAACUGUCUGACACUUUACCAGCCCAGAAGAGAGAGUACUCCCCUACUUCCUGUGGCUCUGAUAGCAGGAUGUCUGAGGGAAGGAGAGAGAGCAACGAGCCACCAGUGAUCCUCAUCCGGCGGAGCAGCAGUCCAGUGGAGACGGAGUGCAAUGCUGAGGGACACACAAACUACACAAGACCCAAGCUCAGAGAGAAAAGUGAGAGUAUAAGUAGUGAGACGUCCAACGGCUACCUCAAUGAAGCUGAGGUUACCUGGCAGGCCUUUGAUGAGGAAGCUGACACUCAGUCCACACAGUCAGCCCACAUGGACGUGACUACCGACCCCCAGAGCCAGGGGAGUCUGCUGCUCAGCCAUAAUGAGGCUCUAGCAGGUCCCGAGUGUGCCCUCCUUCCCCACUCUGCACCCCCGUCUUACCACCACCACAACCACAACCACAACCACUACCCCCAGAACCCGCCCGCCUCACCAGCCCUGCUGGUGCACACAGAGUGCCCGCGGGACUGCCCCCUGGAUGACACCAUGCAUCAGUCUGUCUUACACAUGCCACACCACUUGGACAGUAGUGAGUGUCUGGCUGAUGAUGUCAGCAUAAUUGCCGGUGGGACCCUGACUGGCUGGCAUGCUGAUUCGGCCUUCGUCCUGUGGAGGAGAAUUUUGGGUAUCCUGGGAGAUGUCAACAGCAUUCGCUGCCCAAAAAUCCAUGCCAAGGUCCUCUUCUGUCUUUACGAGCUCUGGCACAAGCUGGCCAAGAUCCGGGACAAUCUCGGGAUCAGUGUGGACAACCAGUCUUCUCCUCCCCAGCCCACCUUCAUCCCUCCUCUUCGAAUGCUGGCCUCCUGGCUCUUUAGGGCCACCAUGCUUCCAGCUGAGUACAAAGCUGGCAAGCUGCAGGCCUACAAGCUGAUCUGUGAGAUGAUGACCAGGCACCAGGAUGUGUUCCCCAACAGUGAUUUCUUGGUGCACCUCUACCACAUCAUGCACAAGGGCAUCACCAGCGAAGACCAGGAUGUUUUGAACACCAUCAUUCGUUCCUGCUCUCCUCGUUUCUUCUUCCUCGGUCUGCCGGGCUUCACCAUGCUUGUUGGAGAUUUCAUCACUGCUGCGGCCCGCGUUCUCAGCUCUGACUCCUCAGAGGCUCCAAGGAUGGAGGCUCAGACAAUACUGGGCUCCCUCGUGUGUUUCCCCAACCUUUACCUCCAGAUUCCUGUACUGCAGCGUGUGCCUGGCUCUGAUGACAUCAUUUUAGGCAAUGAGGAUAUCAAGGAUUGUCUGGUUAACAUCCUGCUAGAGACUGCAACAAAGGAGCACUGUGAAGGGGCCAGAUGCAUAGCUGUGUGCAGUCUUGGUCUGUGGGUGUGUGAGGAGCUCAUGCAGAAGAACAUCCACCACCAGGUGAAAGAUGCCAUCAAUGUUCUGGGAGUAACACUGAAGUUUGGAAACAAAGCAGUGGCUCAAGUGGCCUGUGACGUGUUUCAGCUGCUCAUCUCUCACUGGGAACAUCUCCGGAGGUUGGAGCCCACUCUGCCUAAGAAAAUAAUUGAGAUCUUUGUGGCUACAAUAGCCUUUUUGUUGCCUAGCGCAGAGCACUCAACAGUGGAAGCAGACAAAAAGUUGAUGGUGUCACUGCUGCUCUGCCUGUUGGACUGGUGCAUGGCCGUUCCCCUGAGUCUGCUGCUGGAGCCCAUCACCAUGCCUUCGCUGGAGGACCGCACAUCCCACAAGGCCCCGCUGCUGGACUACAUCUACAGGGUGCUGCACUGCUGUGUGUCCGGCUCCAACCUGCACACCCAACAGAGCCACUACCUCCUCAGCCUGUCAGACUUGUCCACUGACUAUGACCUCAUGUUGGGUCAGGUUAAGAGCUUCGAGCCACUACACUCCCAGACAACCACCACCGACUUCGGGAACCUGCUCACCGUAGCUGAGGAAAAGCGACGCCGGAACAUGGAGCUGAUUCCCCUGACAGCACGAAUGAUCAUGACACACCUGGUGAACCAUCUGGGCCAUCAUCCGCUGAGCGGUGGCCCAGCCCUUCUGCAUAGCCUUGUGAGCGAGAACCACGACAACCCGUAUGUGGAGUCAUCCGAGCUGUCCUCCGAGGUCUUCAGAAGCCCCAACCUGCAGCUGUUUGUCUUCAAUGACAGCACGCUAGUGUCCUACCUGCAGAUCCCGGCAGAGACCCCCACUGUCGGACAGCCCCCCAAACCUUCCUCCCAAGUGCGUGUUAUCGUCCGGGACAUCUCGGGCAAAUACUCGUGGGAUGGCGCAAUCCUCUAUUGCACAACCCAGGAAGACUCUCUUGAUCCAGGAGUUUUUAAUGCAGUUGAUCGCCCUCUUUCUACUACUUCUACUACUGUUGCUCACAGCAGAAACCAGCCCAACUCUCCAACAAAGGGACCGUACAAAAAUCACUGCUCCGUCUUGGACUCCCUCUCUGACUGCUGUGAGGAGGAAGAGAUAGAUAUUCUGAAUACACUUUUGGAGGACCUAGGCCAAAGCAGCCCAGAAUGCCUGCCCCAGCCACAACUCAGGCUCAACCAGCCAGCCCCCUCACCCCAUGGCAUGAACCUAGAGCAAGAGAGCGCCAUCCUGGAGGCCAUUCUGCGUCAGACUCAGCAGGAGGAAGAGCAAGUAAGGAGGUGGGAUGCUGAUGUAAGCUUUCGGGCAGCCUGCCAGAGGGAACCUUCCCACCAGGAACCAAAAGCUCCUUUCUACUUCUGCCGGCUGCUGCUUAAUGACCUUGGCAUGAACUCUUGGGACCGCAGGAAAAGUUUCCAUUUGUUGAAGAAAAACUUCAAACUCUUAAGGGAACUGAAGAACUUGGAUUCCAGGAAGUGUCGAGAGACACACAAGAUUGCUGUGUUCUACAUUGGAGAGGGCCAAGAGGACAAGUGCUCCAUUUUGUCGAACAGCGCAGGCAGCCAGGCCUAUGAAGACUUUGUUUCUGGACUGGGAUGGGAGGUGGAUCUGGCCACACACUGCGGCUUUAUGGGUGGCCUCCAGAGGAAUGGCAGCACAGGUCUAACUGCUCCUUACUAUGCUACCUCCACCGUGGAAGCCAUCUUCCACGUCUCCACUCGUAUGCCCUCUGAUUCUGAUGACUGCCUCACCAAAAAGUUGCGUCACCUGGGAAAUGAUGAGGUGCACAUAGUGUGGUCAGAGCACACCAGGGACUACAGACGUGGCAUCAUCCCAACAGACUUUGGAGACGUGCUGAUUAUCAUCUACCCAAUGAAGAACCACAUGUAUUUCAUCCAGAUCAUGAAGAAACCACAGGUUCCAUUCUUCGGGCCUCUGUUUAAUGGCGCCAUCAUCACUGGGAUGCUGCUGCCAAGCUUGGUGCGGGCCACCUGUAUCAACGCCAGCAGAGCUGUUAAGUCCCGGCUGACUCUCUACCAGAGCUUCUAUGAGGAGCGGGCUCUCUACUUGGAGGCCAUUGUUCAGAACCACAGAGAGGUCAUGAGCUUCGAAGACUUUGCCUCACAGGUCUUCUCUCCCUCUCCUGGCUAUCCAAUGAGUGGGACAGUAUCCUCCACAGCCUUGUCCUCCAGGAUCCUGAAUGCAACCUCACUCUCACUUAGCAACUUCAGGCCAGUAUCAUGGCUUCCUGCAUGAGCUAGUUCAACUGUCAUACAGACUUUAUCCACAGUGCUCUGGUCUUGUUGUGUGUUACACCUGCACUGCUUUGCUCAGUUUUUAUUGUUGUGUUAUGUUGUGUGUUUUCAUCCUCUUAACCUUUUCUAAAUUAAUGCACAUGAAGUCAAUGAAAGAACUUAAAAGCUCCCAUGACCCUCUUAGGUGCCCCCACAUCUUUUACUCGCUCAUCCUAACCCUCUCUAAUAGUAACACUGGUGGUACAUGUUUCUGUUGUUGCCAUGUGAACUGCCCACCAUUCAUGCUUUGGAUUUCAAGAUUGUCUUGAUUUUGAAACCUGUGAAUUGGACAAAUGCAUCAGGUACCAUCAGACAUGAUGGCCUUGAAGGUAUAUUCAGAAAACCGGCACUUGUUGAUUAACUCAUCACCCAAAUCGAUUUACCUUGUCUGACUUUUAAACCUAUCAGUGACAACUAACCUCGACGCCACACGCUGUCUGAAUCACCGACUUUUCAGCAGCGUUGUGUUGUGUCCUGCUGCAGUGUGGUAUGGUGUGUGUCCACUGCUCUCUCACAUGAUACUCUACUCUGUUUUUCCCUUUUUAGAUUAAAAAUAUCUUAAAGGUCCAAAUACUGUAUAUGGCGAAGGUAAGCCCCGAGUCAGACCAGAAGCUUGUUUCCGUCCAGCGGCCUACCUACCCUUCGCUCGAUCACUCAUCCUGGCUGUUCCCACUCCUCCUUUUUUUCCAUUCAGCACUAACCAAGCUUUGAGUGCUCUGACAAAGGGAAAUGGACAGAGAAACCAGGCUGUUUAUUUGGGGGUGUCCUACUGUUUAGGCCUGGCUGGUAAUUGAAAGUGAUGCACAGUGGGUACAAUUAGCACCUGACUAAGUAGCAGCAUGAACAAUACGGCUACACUUCUGGCCCUCGCUUCUGCAUGUGGCACGCCUUUAUCUCUUCCCCCAGCAAACACUUUUCUUUUUUUCUAUUUUUUUCUCCCCAAUCCCUCCACCCCCCUCAUUUCCUCCUGUUGGAGUGUGCCUGUUUGCCUGGGGCCGACUCUGAGACUAACACCUGCCGCACUGGAAGACGUCUUUGUCAACUAAAGCCUUGUUUGAACUGCUGCAGAGGGGACCAAUGGGAUAGCAGGGCCAUUUAAAGAACCUCUUUGUUUUCUUUCUCUCUCGGUCUCUCCCUUCUUCUUUCCAUCUGAAAUUAACCUUACCGUAAGGCAGAUUGGGCUGAGUAAGGAGCGGAAAUGCUGGGGUUAUAAUGACGAUAAUAAUGAUACAUUAGCCUCUUCUGGAUCUGGGUUAUUUUUUCACUUAGUAACUUGCUAUGAAAAUUAAUUCUUGCAUAAGGCCAUACAGAGAAGAACGCCAUUUAGAAACUGAUGCAACCCCAGUCAUUAAGUGCCACAGUGGGAGUGAUGACUGUUUAGUGCAGCAUGUUUUAAUGGCUGCUAAACGAUAAGGGAAGUCUGUUGAGUGGGUGGUGAACUGUACCAAACUAUUGUCUGUGUAUAUUAGCUGUAAUAGGUGUUUGUCUUCCUCCUGUCUAGCAUAUGUCUUUACAGCACAUGCAGUUGGAGUUUAGUUUAUAAAACAAAGUGUUUACUGUAGGAAUGAAUAGAAGAAUACGGGAAUGCAGGAUUUGUUCUGUCCAUCAGGCCAGCCCACAUUUUUAGCCAAGCCCAUCCCCUUUUUUUUUUAAAUAUUCAUAUGCAGAUUUGAGAAUUCAAGUUUGGACCCCCCCUGGCCUCCCCUCUAGCCCUUCACAAUACACACACCCAAUGUUUCAUCCAUAGCCCAGCCCUCCUCUCCCAGUGAGCUGCGGCCCUGGAUGCUGCGGGUGUCCACUGUGCUGCUGAGUGUCUGUUACUCCAGCCAUCUGCCAUUCCUUUUAGCCGCUGCAACUUGAGAUGCCUCCGAAAAAUGGCAGGAAAUAAAAGGAUAGGAAAGAAAAUAGGCAACCAGAUGCCAUCUCGACAAAGCAGAAAAGUUGUUUAAACUCCAAGCAUGGUGCUGAGGCGGGUGGGGGGCCCGCAGUCUGGGUUUGGUCAGGGGCACGCUGAGGAAGUCAGGGCGACGUUCACAAUAAGUGAUUGUUCCCAACACUGUUCCAUUCCCACCUUCAAGACUUAUUACUGUUUUCCAUGCCCUAAUCAUGGAUGUGAAGUUUUUUUGAAAAAGGACAAUACUUGAAAAUGUCAAAGCUCCACAUGUUCACAACAAAACCAUAAUGUGCAAUUUUAUUUUCAUUCAAAGCAUUCUGCUGUCACACUGCGAACUGAAUACCUGUUUUUUAUUUUGCCCGUUGCUCCAAAGGUUACUUGUCAUUUUUAUAUCUCAUAAGCAUCUGGAAAAACUAUUUGAAAAAAAAAAGCCAGCUUCUCUUUAAACAACCUUUGCUUUUCCACAGCAUGUGAAAAAGGCAUGUAAUUUCUGAUUUGCUUUCUCACAUCUUUAUUCUAAUGACUUAAGGGGUAGCACAAACUCAAAUCUUAACACUUUUUUUACAGUUUGCAUUGUAAGUGUUGUGAAUGUCGGUGAAAAUCCUGGGUAAUCUUGGUUGUGGGAGCAGCCACGUGCAUGACAAAGCAUGCUGGAAUAAACAGCAAUCACACAAAGCCCAAUGAACCUGACUGCCAUGUCUGACCGGCUUGGUCUCUUUUUCUUUCUGUCGCACACUCUCCCUCCAUCUCUCUCCCAGGCUCCUUCACCGGCAGUGCGAGCACCGAAGCCGGAAACACCGCAGGAACGACAGACAACGUCGACCAGGUUUCUCCCACAAUGCCCCGUGCCACAAAGAACCGAGUUUCCGGAAAACUCCGCCGAUCAGCCAGCGCUAUAAGC